AUGGAAUUAAAUGCUUUGAAAACACAACGAAAAGGACUGCGAAUUGCCUUCACUCACACCGUGAAGAAAAUCGAAACGGAAUUAGACAAAGAAGUAAGAGAUUUAAAGGCUCUAUCGAUUUUAAAGUUUCAACUUAAUGAUAAGUUCCAAAGACUUGAAGUUUGUCAAAAUGCUAUAUCAGAGCAGCUUUUGCAGAAUGAAACAACAGAAAAUGCAUAUAAUGAAGAUUUUGAAGAGUCUGAGAAUUACCGAGACACGUUCUUAGAACGAUGUGCUCAAAUAAACUCGGAAGAACAACUCUCUGUGCUGCCGACUGACAAGGAAACGAGAAAAUUUAAACUCCCAAAAAUAGAACUGAAAAAAUUCUCAGGUGAAGCUAAAGAUUACCUUACAUUUUGGAGUCAGUUCCAGAAAAUUCAUGAUGAAAAAUAUAUUGCAGACGAAGAUAAAAUGCAGUACUUGCUGCAAUCUAUGGAACCGAAAUCGAAAGCUGAACGUCUGAUCCUUAGUUUUCCUGCAACGGCAGCUAAUUAUUCUAAAGCUAUCGAACAACUGAAAGAGCGUUUUGGACGAGAGGAUUUGCUGGUACAAAUAUAUGUACGUGAUUUGUUAAAUUUAGUUAUGAAGAACGCAGCAACCGGAAGAGCAAAAACUGAUUUACCCUCCCUCUAUGACGAACUGGAAGGCAAACUGAGGUCUUUAGAAAGCUUGGGAAGAACCCAAGAAAAAUAUGGGGAUUUUUUGACAGCGUUGGUAGAAAGUUGCCUACCAGAAGAAGUAUUGGUGGCGUGGGAGAGGAGUCGUAACCACGACUCCACUGAAAAAGGAGACCGUUCUUUGGAACAGUUGAUGAAUUUCCUUCGGCAAGAAGUGAAAGGCGUAGAGAUGGUCUUGCUAGCAAGAACUGGUUUUGCUCCCCACCCGAGUCACCAUAAUAAAAACCCUCGAAUAGAGCAGGUAAGAUUAGCCGAUUCGGCUACCGCUGCAUCCCUAGUAAACAGCAGCAUCGCUAGUAAUGCAG